AUGCAUGACCUUUUCGGGAUCCAGGAACAGGACCAAGAUGAGGACAGCAACGAUGAGACCAUGCUUACACAACUUGCGUCCAGCUUCCGACACAGCACCUACCAGGUACUAAAGCUGCCCCGAAGCAUUGGUAAUGAUGAUGUCAUCAAGCGACCACAGAUAAGCCAUGCGAAUUGCCCAGCCACCUGUAGCCCAGAAGUGGGAGCGGUACUGCAGACAAAGUCUGACCUGAACCCCCACAAGCACUCGUCUAGUUGGGAUCCUACAACUGCCUCUGAGGUUGCCCAGGAUGAGCACGAGGCCAAGCCAGACAAGCUUUCCGGACCUGACCACAGUGGUCACAGUCACACCAAAGCUGAUCACCAAAUGUUGGCAACACAGGACCACAUCCCUAAAGGUCCGAGGGAAACUCAUGCACCCCCAAAAACUUGUACAGUUGCAUCCACUCGCAGGGGUCAUCAGAACUCCACAGAAAAACUUUCGCACCAGAAAAAGAUCUCCGAUUUCUUUCAACAGCGUGUGAAACCGAUUGCCAAGAAUGACUCUGCCGCGCAGACGACCAUUCCUCAUUUCUUUCAACCCAAGAAGAAGCUGCACCACCAGGAUCAGUCCGAGGAGCAGGAUCAUCCUAAUGCUCAGCCCCGUCAUGCAAGUGUUGAAAUACAGAAGAUGAGUACAGGCAAUCUCGAAAAAGCAGUGGAUCAAGGCCCACAGCAUGCCCUUGAGGCACGUGCCGCCCCAUACCACAAUGCUGAACCUCCAAGUUUUGUCACCAGCAAUCCAAAUGCACCAGUUCAGGGACAGGGACAGAAUGCACAACGACCUCGGCCACUUUGGCACAUUGAGGUCAAUGGGCUCUUCCUUGACCACGCAGAGGUAAGACAUCCAGAGACAGGCUCAGGAGACGCCAUUCUUGCCAAUGAACCUCCACCUGACGCUGUCAGCGACCAGGACGAUGACAGUCAGCCCAGUGAGGACACCCUAGCACUCAUGCAGAGACCCAAGUUCAAGACCUUUCCCAAAACCAAAGCUCCCUCGCAUGCUGUUACUGGACAAGGUUCAGCCACAGACUCACCAGGCCCGAUUGCGUGGUUUCAUGUGCAUCGUGCCCUCCCUGCCAGUGGAGCGAACCAGCAUCAGCCCAUCCAGCGCAUGGUCAUCCAGGCCAGGAACCUUGAUGAGUUCCACCAGAUGCUGCAAUGGCAAACUCAGCGUGCCAAUGAAGCCUGCCUGAUGCCGUCAAGCCGUAGUACCAAAAUUGAGUCAUGGUUCUCUGACCCCACAAUCCUGCCGAGAAGUGACCACUCAAGGGAAGUGACCAUGUCCACAAGCCCAACACAAUGGCCCGUGGACGUUUUGCAACGAUGGGCCGAUUUCAUUCAACCAGGUACACCCGUCUACCUGUUUGUUGUUCAGCCAGACCCACCAGGGGGUCAACCAGAUAUUAUCGCACAUGUCAUCGUAGCCCAAAACCCACCUGCUGACCGUUUUGCAGCAAUUGUUUCGGUCACAGAGCUCCUAGAUGACCCUUGGCAUCCGACCAGGUUUUGUGCCUUGCUGCCCAACCCGGUUUCGCGCAACGAACUGUUUGAUUUGGCAGGCAUCCCACCUGAUCAAGUAGCAGCAACCCCAGGAAUCGGUGCUUACCAUGGCAAUGCCCCUAUACCAGAAGGGAGUGCCUACCCAGUCAGACAUGGUUUUGCCUUUGAAGUCAUCACCGAUACGCUGGAGUUUGAGCCAGAUGCCACCACACUCUGGCAGCAUACCAUGCAAGCUGAUGGUCAGGUGCUGGUGACACCAAACAUCAGAAGGUUGGUAGGGCAAGCAGCCCAACGGACUUCCAACCCAAUGCAUGACGACGGCAUUGUCAGCCAACAAAAAGCCAAAACACCACGGCAUGGGUUGGCACAUCAACCCACAUCGAAUGAAGCCCCGCCGUACCAGGAUGAUGACGUAGCCGAAUACUUGAGUUUUGUACAGCUUUCGUUUCAGUCCAUCCAUGGCGACAUGAUGCGCAUACACGAUGGCACCAGUGCGCCGCUCAGACCGGUAUCGCACCAUGAAGACACCUGGGACAUGAUCACAUGCACAGAAAGCUUCACUACCAAUCGGCACAACGCCCAAGAAACCAAGAUCCAAAGUGAAGAUGGGACGAUGAUGAUAGGCGUGACACCCUGCUUGCACUGGCCUUUAUUGCCCGCCAAUGUCCCUCUCAACAAGGAGUUCCGAGUCCAGCUAUACCUGCAGGCAUCCAUCCCAGCACAAGCCGACACACUGCCUGUUGAUGCCACAUCGGAAGAACCUCAGUUGUUAUGGUUUGCCAACGAAGCUUGGAAACUAGCUCUAGAAGCUGAAGAACCAUGCACGCUCUUGCCACUACCUGAAGGGCUCCAUGUGCCAGACCCGUCCUACUGGGCUCUCCUACAGCCACCACCUUGCCAUGAACAAGGAGAGGUCAACUACACCCUCUACUUGGAUGGGGCUGCCAAUGGCACAGAUGCAGGAUGGAGUGUGGUCGUAGUAGCCAACACGCAAACCACUGAGCACUUCCUGGGAUGUGCCUACGGCACAGUCCAACUCAGUUCCGUGCAGCCAGACUGGGUAGGGGCAGAAACAGCAGACAACAUCUCUGCGGAGCUAUCAGCCAUGCUUUUUGGGCAGAACAUGAUCAUGCGCUGGCAGGAAAACACCAAAGCAUGCAUACGCCCUGACUUGUCACUCAGCAGAACGGUAGCAACAGCUGUUACCACAUGUAGGUCCAACAAGCUCUUAGCACAACUGUGCUGUGCCCUGGGCCUUUGGUUGAGCAAGCAGGUCACAAUCCAAGAAGUAAGGGGUCACCAGGGACAUGCAUGGAAUGAACUGGCCGAUGCCGUAGCCAAGUGGGCAAUGCAACAGCACAGCAAUCCACUUCACGAUAGCUUCGCCCAGCUUCACCAAUUGGCCUCUAACCCCCAUGACGUCAACUGGACCUGGAUGCAAACUACCCAUUCUGCAGUUGCCGCAUGUUUUCCGCCCUUGCUUCAACAGCAAGUGAUGCAGUUCACUAAGCCAACAUGCAAGCUGGGCGUGCUGCCCACGGAAAGGCUCCAACCAGCUGACACAGUUGAAGGAUCCCCAUGGCAAAUCCAAAUGUGUACUGCCAAUGUUCUUGCCACCGAAACCUGGUCCACACAACAGGCAGGCACCAAAAGAACUGGCCAGCGCACCCUGCGCCUAGAUGCACAAUGGCACAACGCCAAGGUCCACAUCAUCGGCAUACAAGAAGCCCGAACCGCCCAGGGUAGGUUUCAUGCACCGCAUUACCAUAUUAUGGCCUCCGGUGCCAAGCAUAAAAGAGCACCGUUAUACGGUUGCGAAUUAUGGGUCCACAAAACCCUCCCAGUUUCCACCGACAAGGGAGGACGACCAGUGGUCCUAGGAAAAGCGGUAUUUACAGUACAGCAUGCCGAUCCACGACGGCUCCUGGUUGAAGCCAAGCUCGGACGCGCAACCUAUGCUUUCAUUGUACUGCAUGCCCCAAGCCUGGCCACUCCGAGCCAAGAGCACCCAAAUCCUGCUCACGACGUGACACAAUGGUGGAAUGACACCAGUGCCUUGUACACCCAACACGUCACAGCCAAGGACCAAUGGGUGUUCCUUGAUGCAAAUGCACCCCUUCCCCAAGGGGAUGGGGACCUUGUCGGACCCCACGGGGCCGAAGCCAGCAACAAGGCGAGUGAACUCCUGAUGGAAUUCAUCGAGCAGCACCAACUAGUGGUCCCGUCGAUACUGAAAGAUUUCCGACAGGAGGUGGAAGCCAGCUCCACUCUCCCUUGGUUAGGUGACGCCACUCCUAUCAAUGACUUGGAGCAAAUCCCAUCCAUGCCACCAGAAGGGUUUGUCGAUGUUACUUUUGUUGAUGACUGCGUGGUCAUGCUUCACGCCCGCAGCAACGACCGCGUUGCCCACGCCAUCCAAUUGCUAGUGACAGCGCUCGACAAAGCAUCGACACAGCGAGGCCUCAGCAUCAAUUUUGAACAAGGCAAGACGGAGGUCCUGUGGACGAUAAUUGGCAAAGGAGCACGUGAACAGAAGCGUAGGCUCCAUGAAGAUGGGCAGCUCAUUCAAUGGCUGGCAGACGGCAAAGCCUAUACCCUGCACGUAUGUCAUGCGUACAAACACUUGGGAACCUGGGUCCAAGCACAUCACAGGCACGCCAAAGAGGCCCUUGCCAGGGACCAGGUGCAUGCCAACCGGUUGAGGUUCCUGGCCAGACUGCUGCAAGCCUGCCCAAAAAUCACCUGGACUUUGCUCCAUGCCACCCAACAUCAACAUUCCUGGCUUGAGCGAUGCCUGGAAUCGUGCCGGUGGCUCCUCAUGCACUAUGACCGUCGCUUGCCACUCACCGAGAACUCGCAGUUCCUAGAUUGGAAGGCAAGCCCAGAGGCACAACUGAUGUUUGAUCGCAUGCAACUGCGCCGGCCCAGCGAUGUAGUGGCAUACACACAGCUUCAGGGCACCAAACUCACACAGAUCCCCGAUGGCCCAAAGAAGCUGUGGUGGACAAACGAUGAUUUGCCCGCCUUCAUCAUGCAUUCUGGAAUGGUGCCAGCUCCGCAUCAGCGACAGGCUGCUCAGGUUCUUGUUAGAUAUGCUGGUCACCCUUGCCAUGAUGGGCCUCAGCGGCUUUCUCGAGCAUCCGCAGUUUCCAACGUGCUGAUGAAGCGAGGACACUGGGGCCGUUGCAAUCACCCAGCCGGGUCCCACUCCGCCCUUAUUGGGCGUCAACAGGAUGGCACGUUCAACACUGCGAAAGCGAAAGUGUAUCCAUACGGGCUCAACAGCAUCCUGGGGAUUGGGCUGUUCAAAGCAGCGGAAAGAUGGGUGUCGGUGGCAACAGACAAACAGUUGCCGGCCGAGCUCACACCCUACCUCGAGCAAAGUUGCCACGACGAAAGCGUCGUACAACCAGACUAUCAUGGCGGAAAGGGCUAA